AUGUCAGGCCAGUGCACGAUUUGCCUCUGUGACUAUAAGGAGCCGGUCUCUAUUCCCUGUGGACACGUCUACUGCAUGCAAUGCCUACAUGACUGUAUUUCGACCAGUAGCAGGGACGGAUUCACGGCCAAGUGCCCUACAUGCAGAACCAAGUUUACGAUCGUCAUGCCAGAGCUUCACUCCCUCUCCAAACAGUUCCACCGCUACAUAACUCCGAGUAUACGGCGCGUCUUCAUUGAGCCAAAUCCCUCCGAGUCCUAUGAAGAGCUCAAACAUAAGCUCGAAGUGUCGGAAGCGCGCAACGCCACUCUCGAGCGAGACAAUCGGGACCUUAUGGAGUCGUGCGAAAGGUAUAUGGCUGAAUCUGCGGCUCAUGCCAGGGGAGAGCGGGGUGCAACAAUCGAGUUGCAAAGAGUAAAGAGGUUGCUAGAGGCGGAGAGGAAGACAGCGAAGGAGGAGACGACACAUACGCGUGAGCUGCUGGAAGAAGCACGUAGGGAAGCGAAUUUGGCAAGGUACGGUGUUGGCUGCUUCUUGUCUCCCAUUUUUAUUAACAACUGUGAAAAAUAG